AGCUAUAGAUGGCGUGCCAGCCUAUAUUUGUGGUAUGAGCAGAGUGUUGGCUAUUUGUGUUCUGACAUACUGCGGGAAAAUUAGAAAACAUGUCGGAAGCAGGGGUUGCUGCCACUGAAGAUGGGUCUCAGAACAGCUCAGGAGGCAGUAGUGGAGAUGCAACACUUAAAAAAAGCAAAGGAACAAAGGUUGUAAAAUCCCGUUACAUGCAGAUUGGCAAGAGCAAGGUUUCUAAGAAUAGUUUGGCCAAUACGACAGUCUGCUCAGGUGGUAAAGUCCCAGAGAGAGGAAGUGGAGGGACGCCAACUCGCAGAUCUGUAGCUCCUCCGAAGGCAAAAAUUGCACCAGGUGUGCCUUCUGUUGCUCUUGAUGGAAGCCUAUUUGCAAAAGAAGAUUUGCAAUCUACUUUGUUGGAUGGCCACAGAAUUGCACGUCCAGAUCUGGACCUAUCUGUUAUUAAUGAUAGAACUAUGCAGAAAAUUACUCCAAGGCCUGCUGUGACUUCAGAGCAGAAAAAGCCCAAGAGAGACACCACUCCUGUAAACAUUGUGCCUGAAGAUAUGGUGGAGAUGAUAGAAUCACAGACAUUGCUGUUAACAUAUCUAACUAUGAAAAUGCAGAAAAAUCUGCUUCGCCUGGAGGAGAAAGCAGAGAAAAAUCUACUUUUAGUGAAUGACCAAAAGGAUCAACUGCAGGAGAAGAUGCACAUGUUGAAACGGGAUCUAACUUUGCUGCAGAGAGAAAAGAGGCUUAGGGAUUUGAUUGAGAAGCAGGAUGAAGUUCUUACCCCCUUUGUUACUAACAAGGACCCAUUCAAGGACAAUUAUACAACGUUUGCCACAGCCCUGGAUUGUACUAGACAUCAACUGCCUAUUAAGAAUAUUCAUAUUACAGGCAACCGUCACAAAUACCUAGAGGAGCUCCAAAAACAUUUAGCCAUCACCAAGUCUCUUCUGGAGGAAAUAAUGCCAAGCUAUGCCAGUGAAAAUGCAGAAUCAUUUGAAACAAUAAAGGACUUGGAAAAUAUUGUGCUAAAAACAGAUGAAGAGCUUGCACGGAGUUUUUGCCAGAUCCUUGACUUGUCAUUCAAAGUCAAUAAGGAAAUAUCAUUGCAAAGCCAGAAAGCAGUUGAAGAGACUUGUGAAGCAGUAGUGGUGAGGCAGUGGUAUUUUGAUGGAUCACUAUCUUAAUUGAUUACAUCCACUGUAAUCUAGAGCUUUGCAUUUUUAAAUUUUUCAUCCAAAACAUCAAGGAAAUCACUGUAUUAAGAUGUUUAUUUUGUUAAAGGAACAGUAACACCAAAAAAUCAAAGUGUAUACAAGGAACUACAGUAUAAUGUACUGUUGCCCUGCACUGGUGCAACUGGUGUGUUUGCUUUAGAAACAGUACUAUCGUUU